AUCCUUUGUACACACCUUGUCCUUCUUACACCGAUAUUCCCACCACUAACGCUAUCGUCAGCUAUGUCCACUAUCCCAAUACGCCCUUCCCUUUGCGAUGUCUGCCACCAGCGACCCAAGAAUGCUGGACAUGCUUUCUGUAGCAAGACUUGUGCGGCUCAGGCUGCCACCCUUUGCGCCCAAUGUCAUCAGAAGCCGAAGUUUGGUAACUUCGAGUAUUGUGGCAAACAUUGUGCCGGGCAGGCGCAGAAAACAGUGAAGCCGCAAGCUCAAGCCCCUCAGCUUCGUGUCCAGGCCCCCACCAACCCUACCAAUGCUAUCAGAAACAAAGGAGUUCUCCAGCCACAGAAGAAUUCGCACGCACUUAGGGUCGUUGCAGGCACCGCGCCUGUUGCUGCCGCAACUCAACAAGUCCCACAAGUCCCGCAAGUGCAGACUCAGAUGAGACCCUCCUCCACUUCCUGGGUGAAGAAGGCGGCGGCUCAAAUUCCGAGCAUCCUGACGAACAAUAGUUCAUCUAAAGAGCCCGCAGGUCCUCAGGGAGUUCCUGUUGUUUGUGCAAUUCCUGGGUGUGAAGUACCUGUUCACGUCGAUUCAAACGGCGUCCAAAUUAGCGAGUACUGCUCCAUGAGCCAUCGCGAGGAGGCGGUAGAGUCGGGACUAGUCUCGCCCUGUGUGAUGUGCUUGACCAUGCCACAGAGCAGUACCGACUAUUUCUGCAGCAGGCUCUGCAGAGAGGAGGCGAAUCACAAAUCCUACUAACUGCAAUAUCCACGACGAAGGAUGUUCCUUAGUUUCUGUUGUUGAUCCUGGCUUAUGUGUAAUGACUUCCAUCAAUCCGCUUGAAUUAUGGUACUCGUACGCCCUGUUUGAGUUGAUACAUGUUAAUAUAUCGAAUAUAUG